AUGUCUAUCCAGGUCGAUGAGGUGGAAAACAGGCGCAAGAUGGCGCGCGGCGAGCUCUACCACGCCUUCACCCCCGAGCUCACUGCUGCCAGAGCACGUUGCCAGGCCGCUUGCAAACGCUACACCAACGCUGGUGAGGUUCCACGCAGACGCCUGGUAGAGUUAUGGAGGGACAUCGUCGGCGACACAACGCCCCUCCCGCCGCCCGCAGCAACGCCUGAAGCGGACGAUGCGCUCUUCGAAGAUGAGCCGUGGGUUGAGGGUCCCAUCCACAUUGACUACGGCACCAACGUGAAGCUGGGCUCGAACGUCUUCAUCAACUUCAAUUGCACCAUCCUCGAUACUUGUCUAGUGACCAUCGGCUCGCGCACCCUGUUCGGCCCUAACAUCUCUCUCUACUCGGGCACGCAUCCUCUCGACCCGCUCGUUCGCAACGGUACCAAGGGCCCCGAGCUCGGUGGAGAGAUUCACAUUGGCGAGGAUUGCUGGCUCGGCGGCAAUGUCACCAUCCUACCCGGCGUGACUAUCGGGCGUGGUUCGACGAUCGGCGCGGGCAGUGUUGUGACUAAGGAUGUGCCGCCAUUCCACGUCGCAGCUGGUAAUCCGGCACGCAUUCUUAAGAAGAUCGAGACCAUGAUGGAUCCUGAGCAGGCUGCUCAGAAGCAGUCUGCGACAAAUAAUGGCCCGGGCGGGAUGAUGACAGCACAGGAUGCUCUUCGUGGGAUGCAAACUCAUGGUGCCGAAGUAGAAAUGAAGGAGCAAGCAGAAGAGGAGGAAAUGGCCAAGCCCGUCGACGAAGAGAGAUUCUGGCGCGCGUUCGCUGCUAGUGAGAAGCAUGCUGCCGAAGGCGGAGCAUACGUCAAGAAAGAUUAG